AUGAAGGACUCCUGUGCUGUGGGCACACUCACCUUGAUCUUUGGCCUGCUUUCUACUCUCCAAGGAGUAAGCACCAAUGAGGAUGUAAACACAUGUGACAGCUUAAGCUGCCCCAAAGGAUUCACAUGCUGUGACAAUGCAUGCUGCCCAGAAAGAAAGGUCGGGGAUCCUGCAAACAACCACUUCAGGGUCCUGUUCAUCAUCUUAUUGGUCAUCAUCGAGCUCUUGUACAUCUGUGUGCUAGUGGAGUGCUUCUGUCUCCACUAUAGAAGAGAGCAGCAUGAUGUCAGAACAGGGGAUCCACAGACUACCCGAGAACCGCCCUCCAUUGCUCCCCUAGAGAGCGUUUGUGUCAGCUCCUGGGAUCCCCCACUACGCUACAGUCAGGUUGUUCUAAAUCCAACUCCCACAGAACCACAUCCUCCCUACAGCCUCAGGCCUGAGGGCCAUGCUGGUCAGAUGAGAGGGAAUGCCUAUGCAACCCUGUGA